UCCGAAAGCGAGCCUGCGAUACUACGCUGCGGGCUGGGAGGGGCAACUUGAGCAUCACUUCCGGAUCACCAAGUCCGUUUUACGACAUGUACCUAUGUGAGAAAUGAGGCCCUGCACGAGCUCGAGUGCGAAUAACCAUGUAAAUCUCCUGGUGCAGAGACGAGAAUGAGCGACACUCGUAUGGCGUAGACUGGGGAACAAAGGAUAUAAAGCAUCCGCAGCCUCCUCUUUAAGGUGUAUAACAGAAGCAGACAGAUUCUCGCUAUUCGACAUCCUCAAAGCCAAAUCCAACGGAUAUCCUAUCAAGAAAUGGAUGACUCUGCCAGAGACCGCGGCAGUUUGCUCUCCAAGCUGCCGCCCGUACUCUUUCCCUUGGCGCUCGUCUCAUUCUUAAGCAUUUAUCUACUCCUCUUCCGUCUCCGCUAUGCUCGCCAGCGGCAUUCGAAUCUGCCUCUCCCACCGGGGCCACCCCAACUCCCCAUUGUCGGCAAUCUCUUCAACAGCCCAUUCCACCUCAGGUGGCUGACGCAUUACCAAUGGAGACACAUCUACGGCCCGGUGGUUCACUUCAAGGUGGGAAGGCAGUCCACCAUCGUCCUGACAACAGUCGAAGCGGCCCACGAGCUUCUCAACAAGCGCGCCAGCAAUUACUCGGACCGGUCGUUCGGCUACAUGACUACUGAGAUGGUCACAAAGGGAUACAACAUGCUCUUCCGCCGAUAUGACUCCCAGCUCCGCCUUCACCAACGCCUCCACGCCCACGGGUUGAACCCUCGCUCCGCAGCGCUUUACGAGCCUAUCCAGGACAUGGAGUCCCUCCAGCUUCUCAACGACAUGCUUUCCAAAGGCAAGCUGAAAGCAGAUCCGAGUGACGGGGGGAAAGAGAUGGACGGCGUAGCGCCGCAAGACCCUCACUGGGAUUUCCGACGCGCCUCGGCCAGCAGCAUAAGCUUGGUCAUAUGGGGAUACCGCUUGAUGAAGGGACACCCCGGGACCAAAGAGCAGAUGGACUUCUUCGAAAACAACCCCACGGCGGCGGUCGCGGGGGGUCCUAUUCCCCUGAUCGACACCUUCACCUGGCUCAAGCACGUCCCCUACCUCAUCUCGCCGUGGAAACGGGCCGGCGAAAAGUACCACCAAAGCGAGGCCGAGCACCACGUGAAGAACUUCCGCCGGGGGCUGAGGCAGCCCGGAUACAACGUCAGCAAGCAGAUCGCCAACGGCGUGGAGCGGCUCGGGGCGAGGACGAGCGAGGCGGAGAUGGCGUGGAUCGCGGCGACGCUGACGCUGGCCAACAGCGAGACGAGCGUGUCGAUCCUGAGCUGGUUCGUCGUCGCCAUGAUCACAUACCCGCACAUGAUGCGCAAGGCGCAGGCCAUGCUGGACGAGGUCGUCGGCCAGCAGAGGUUACCCGUGUACGAGGACAGGGCGCGGCUGCCGUAUAUCGACGCCAUGAUCGAAGAGGUCAUGCGGUGGCGCCCGAUCCUCCCCGCCGGGAUGGAUCAUGCCGUGGCCGAAGAGGACGAGUACAUGGGCUACCGGAUCCCCGCGGGGGCCACCGUCGUGGCGUCGCAGUGGGCCAUCACGCGGGACAAGGCCGUUUUCGGCGCGGACAGCGACGAUUUCCGGCCGGAGAGGUGGCUCGAGGGCCAGGAUCUGCCCAAGAUCUCGUUCGGGUACGGACGACGGCUGUGCCCGGGGAGGCACGUGGGACGGGACGGCCUAUGGAUCAUGUUCGCACGGCUGCUGUGGGCGUUCGAGAUGGAGGCGCCGACUGAAGCGGCCACGGGGAAGAAGGUGGUGAUUGACCCGAUGGCCAUGCCGCCGUUAGGCAUCGUCAUCGCCCCCAAGCCGUUUGAGGCGCUUUUCAAGCCCAGGGGAGAGUGGGUGGAGGAGUUGGUCCACGGCGAGCUCGAGAGGAGCGAGAAGGGUGUUGAGACACUCAUGGAACAGAUUGGGGCAGCCAAAGGGCUUCGAUAAGUCGGACAUCACGGAGAUGGUUGUGUGUGUGUGUGUGUGCGCGGAGUCUAGAUUACUGAACACGAGCGGUAGUUUAAGAAGAUUCCGUUAGAAUAAGAUUGUGACCGGCACGGAGUUGACAAAUACAGCCCGGUAACUGCAACU